AUGACCUCACCAUGGCAACAUCAAGACCAUCCCAAUGUAGAAAUCGAGGCAGAUGAACCGAAUGAAGCAGAUUCGGCAGUCGGGGACGAGAUCUCUCAACAUACCCAAUCUAUCCAAUCCAGCCUGUUCCAGGGGGUCGAGGAAAAUGGGCGAAAAUACCACAGAUACAAAGAUGGCUCGUACAUCCUACCGGAGGACGACAAAGAACAAGAGAGGCUCGACUUACAGCACGAGAUGUUCCUCCAAUCCUUUGGCCGGAAGCUGUAUCUGGCGCCCAUAGACUGCGAGCUCCAUGAGGUCCUGGACCUUGGGACGGGCACUGGAAUGUGGGCAAUUCAAUUUGCGGACGAACAUCCCAAGUCGAGCGUCCUCGGCAUCGACCUGAGUCCCAUCCAGCCGACAUGGGUCCCGCCAAACUGCAAGUUUGAAGUGGACGACUUUGACACCUCCUGGACAUUUCCCCAGCAGUUCGACUUGAUCCAUGGCCGAAUGCUCCUCACUGCCAGCGCCGACUUCCCUCAGCUGUUCCGUCGGGCGUACGAUUCACUGAAGCCAGGUGGAUGGAUUGAGAUGCAAGAUUUGUACAUGCCGCUUCUGUCCGACGACGGGAGUUUGGAGGGCACUACAUUUGCAGAAUGGAAUGAGAAAUAUAUAGAAGCUUGUGCAGUCCUCAAGAGAAAUCCCUCCUGGACAGCCAAGUACAAGGAAUGGAUCACGGGGGUAGGUUUCGAGAAUGUCAAAGAACACAUCUUCAAGUGGCCCAUCAACCCGUGGCCCAAAGACAAGAAUCUGAAAGAGAUGGGAUUGUGGAACAUGGCCAACAUGCUCAACGGGUUGGACGGAUUCACCGUCAGACUGUGGACGACGGCCCUCGGGAUGACCACUGAGGAAAUCCAGGCGUUCCUCGUCCCCGUCCGGAAGGACAUCAGAGACACCAAGAUUCAUUCGUACUGGCGCAUGUAA